GUUUGGUACCCCGGCAGCAGCAGUCCGCGGGGGCGGGGCGGGGGCAGCGCUGGGCCGCGCUGCUCGCUCCGCAUUUCAUCCUGCGGCUCCGCCGGGCGCCUGUGCCCCUCUCGGCGCCGUUUAAACGUCAGCUGGUUUAGACCCAGCGAAACGGCUUCUGCCUCGCGUUGCGUUGGCUGAGGUGAAGGCUGACACUGGAUGUCUAGUUUGGACUUAUAGUCUUUUUUUUUUUUUUGAUGUCUGAUGCAAUUGAGGUCGUGGAGCAGCAAUGGGGCUGCGGUUGACCGGCCGUGGAUAGUGAGUGGGGGGUCCCGUUAAGGUAAGGGCAGCACAAAUUUUCCGGAGGUGAGCAAGGGUGGAAAGCUUGCGUUUUCAGUAGGUUUUAUUGCAUGAAGCGGCAAAAUGUGCAAAGUUGUUGUCCUUGCAACCUCUCCUUUGCUCGUGUCUUAAACUGUGAAAGGGGGAGAAAAACUUCCUGUACCUUCGCGGCAAAUCAGCAGGCUUUGUUGGUGGUGCCGGCGUGUUUUUAAUGCAUUUUUUACAUGAGAUUAUUACAUAAGGUUGAUAAUUUUUGGUGCUGACGAAUUUCCCCUCCUCCUCCCCCCCGCCUUGUGUUUUGCGCGGAUUUCUCCGGGUGGCUUUGAGUGAAUGAACCGGCUAUUUGCGAAGUUGCAGAGAGCCCCUCCGCCCCCUUUGCACCGCUCUCCCCUUUGCACCGCUCCGCAGAUGACAAAAGGAGUAAACUUCCUCCACUGCUGCCGGCGCAUUCAGCGGGCUUUCUGGGGAGAUUACGUUUCAGGUCUUGGGAGCACCUCUCCUCCCUUUGCUGGAAAUACCCGUAAAAGCUGCCUCUAGCACAGUCGCCCGAGGCAGGAGUCGGCGAGCAGACCCGUGAUGCCGGGAAUGGUCAGUAAAAACCCAGACCUGGAGUUUGACUCUUUGCAGCCCUGUUUCUACCCGGACGAAGAUGAUUUUUACUUGUGCGGGCCGGACUCCGCUCCCCCCGGGGAGGACAUCUGGAAGAAGUUUGAGCUGCUGUCCACCCCUCCGCUGUCCCCCAGCCGGGCCGGGCUCCAGGAGCACCCGCCGGGGGGGGGGCCGAUGCCGUGGGGAGGGGCGGCCCUGGGGGGCUGCCGCGCCGCCGACCCGCUGGACUGGGCGUCCGAGCUGCUCCUGCUGCCCCCGGAGGCCGACCUGUGGGGCGGCCCGGACGGCGGGGACUUCUUCGAGACGGGCCUCGGCGCCAGCAACAACCUCAACUCCAUCAUCAUCCAGGACUGCAUGUGGAGCGGCUUCUCGGCCCGCGAGAAGCUGGAGCGGGCGGUGAGCGAGAAGCUGCAGGGCAAAGCGCCCGCUGCCGCCGCCCCGCCGCCGCCGCCCGCGGCCCGCGCCGAGCCGGGCCCCGCCGUGCCGCAGUGCGUGGACCCGGCCGUGGUGUUCCCCUUCCCCGCCGGCAAGCGCCCGCCGCCGGGCGCCGCCCGCCCGCCGCGGCCCGCCGCGGGCAGCAGCAGCAGCAGCUCCGGCGACGACACGCUCAGCGACUCGGAUGAUGAAGAUGAGGAGGAAGAGGAUGAAGAAGAAGAAAUUGAUGUUGUGACAGUGGAGAAAAGACGCUCCUCCUCCAACAAGGCUGUUACCACCCUUACUAUUACAGUGCGCCCUAAAAAUACUGCUUUUCCUUCGGUCAGGACGCAGCAGAAUGAACUGAUUUUAAAGCGUUGUGCACCAAUUCACCAGCAGCAUAAUUAUGCCGCUCCUUCUCCAUAUAUGGAGAGCGAAGAUGCUCCACCACCGAAAAAGUUAAAAACCGAGGUGCCCCGUCCAGUAAAACCCACAAUCCAACCAAAGUCUAAGAGUUCAAGUCCUCGAAAUUCUGACUCAGAGGAUAGCGAACGUCGACGUAACCAUAAUAUCCUGGAGCGUCAAAGGCGUAACGAUCUGCGGUCAAGUUUCCUCACAUUAAGGGACCAUGUUCCAGAACUGGUUAAAAAUGAGAAAGCUGCAAAAGUUGUGAUCUUGAAAAAAGCCACUGAGUAUGUCCAUUCCCUUCAGGCAGAGGAGCAGAAGUUAUUGCUAGAAAAGGAAAAAUUGCAAGCCAGACAACAACAAUUGCUAAAGAAAAUAGAAUACAAGCGGACUUGCUAAACUUUUUUUUUUUUUUUUUUGGCUGACCAGGACAGUCAUUGCCACUUUGCACAUUUUUGAUUCUUUAAAAAAAUUGUGUUUUUUGACGUUAAGAAUGUUGGUUUUACUUUCAAUCCAGUCCCUGAAGUAAUCGACAAACUAUAUUAUCCGGGUACGGAGCAAAUGGAUGUUCUUGCAAGGAUUUUAUUGCAAGACUACCAAACAAGAAUGGACUGCCUUUGUUUUUCUUCUUAAGAACUGUAGAUGGUGGGAUUUUUUUUUUUAAUUGUUGUGAGCAUUUGGAGCUGCUGAUGACAUCUAGUUGAGUUUAAAAAUGUUCAUUCCUAAUUGUUAUGGUGCUUAUGUUCUAACAGAUGUUACUUUAGGGGUGGCAUUUGUACCCCUGUGGGAAUUUUCUGUAAAUACCAUCUACACACUUGCCUUUUGUACAUGUCUUGGGUUAUGAGAGGUGGCUUUUGCUACCAGUAUUAGACUGGAAGUUCAUACCUAAGUACUGUAAUACCUCAAUGUUUGAGGAGCAUGUUUUUGUAUACAAAUAUAUUGUUAAUCUCUGUUAUGUACUGUACUAAUUCUUACAUUGCCUGUAUACUUUAGUAUGAUGCUGAUACAUAACUAAAUUUGAUACUUAUAUUUUCGUAUGAAAAUGAGUUGUGAAAGUUUUGAGUAGAUAUUACUUUAUCACUUUUUUGAACUAAGAAACUUUUGUAAAGAAAUUUACUAUAUAUGCCUUUUCCUAGCCUGUUUCUUCCAGUUAAUGUAUUUGUUAAUGUUUGGUGCAUAGAACUGGGUAACUGCAAAGUUCUGUGUUUAAUUUCUUCCAACGAUGUACAUUUAGUGCUGCGUCUUAUAGCACUUUGAAAUACCUCAUGUUUAUGAAAAUAAAUAGCAAUUACAUGA